AUGUCUGCUCCACGUCCUCCCAGAACGCGUUCCACGAGCAAGGUCGCCCAGGAACGGCCUACCCCCCAACCUCAACGCCCGUACCUGCAAAGCCGCUCCUAUUCAGCGCCUUCGUGGGACAUCUACCCACCAACCAUUCGUCCUAGGGGCGAUGAUAUAACUAGUCCUGUGCUCGAAGAGAAAGAGAUGCCUUCUGCCACCGCAGACAAGAUAGAUGGUCAUGUCUCAACUAAUGGUUCGGUUGAGAUCCAACCCGCGACUCUUAGGCCUCGUCCUGCCCAGGUCAAUUUGGCCGUUGUGGGUGCACAAGGAGUGGGAAAGUCCACUUUUGUGCAAUGCGCAUUAGAUCUUAAACAGAGUCCCAUAUCGCGCUCCUCAAUGAAGAAGAUGUCCCUGGAUGGAACCAUCUACCUCGUGCGAUUGCUGGAGAUCACGAGCCACAUAAUCUCAUUCGAUGAAAGCAGUCGCAUCGUUUGGCCCAAGUUUCUAGGAGAUCAGGAAUUGCCCAUAAUUGACGGCGUCCUGGUCCUGGUUAAUCCAAGUGAUGCGAGGGGCGUGACUCAAAUUGCUCGAGUAUUUAGUGCGCUGUCAAAAGCUACAAUUCCAUUUAUUGUUGUGGGCUGUAGACGGGAGGGCCAAGUCCCGUCUUCCCGGAUAGACCAAGAAACUUACCAUCGAGCCGGUCGAAUACUGAGCGGUAUUGACGUCCAGGACACGUAUUCUGAUGACCCAGAGUCGCAGAAGAAAUGCAUUUCGAACAUCCUCAGGGCUAUCAUAGACAGAACCUCUGAUGUAGCUGAUCUACAACCGGCGUCAACUUCUGCAACGCUCUCUUCUGCGUCUAGUCGAGCAACUCGUCGUCCAAUCCCUUCACAAAACAGGCAGCAUAUCCGCGCUAGCUCCGAGAACCCCAAAUCCACUCUGGCCAGUGCGCCUGCCACUGACCGCAGCAACCAUCGAGCCAAGAAAUCCUUAAACGAUUCAAACCUGGCGUCCACUGCUCAAGGAUCGAGAAAUGUUCGAAGCAAUUCACAGCCUGUGCCUCCCAGAACUCCUCCUGGGAACCGGUUGAACCGUGGGGAAAGACUAGGAACGAGCAUCGUUCCCGAAGAAAUAUCAUCCAAUAAAGGCCCAUAUCAGCGAUUACAAACGACCUGGCGACACAGUGGUAGCUCAGACGCGUUUAGCAGCUUCUUGGAUAUGGAGGAUGAAGGUGAUGAUCUCAAGGGAACUGGGCCUCCGUCCAGCUCUGAUGCUAGCACGGACAAGUCUAUCGACCCAGGUGUGACAUUCGAUGAGCUUGUGGAUCGCCUUUUGGCACCUCCCAUGUCCAAGCAGGACGCAAAAUUUGCCAACAUGUUCCUGUGUUUAUAUCGAAAAUUUGCCACACCUGCAAAGCUCCUCUCGACUUUGCUUGCACGCUUCGAAAGCAUUGGGUCGGCACCGAGCCCGCUAUUGGUGCAGCGUGCAAACCAUCUAAGGUUGCUUAAUAUCAUGGCGCAAUGGGUAUCGGAAUAUCCAGGUGAUUUUGCUGGCUCAAAGACACGGAAGCGUCUGACUGAUUUUUUACCUUCGCUGGAGAAGAACUACGUUUUCGCUUUUGCCGCAAAAGAGAUGAGCUCUUUUCUCGAAAAGUUUGUGGAUGAUGAAGAUCUAUGUUGGGCUUAUGAAGACGAAGAGAAUGAGUCUGAAAAUGUCGAAACAUUCCUGGAUACAUCUGUACAGAGCUCGCCGGCAACUUUCGUUGCUCAAUCCACCGAUGGUACCCUGAAUAAUAUGAGUUCAUUGGACCUAAGCGAUAAUAAUCAUGAUCUGUCCUCGAACCUCUCCAAUCUCUCAACGGCUUCGAGCGUUUAUAGGUCGGGCAGUAUAUCCAGUCAAUCAUUCUUGACAUUGUUGAGUGUGGAGUCUGCCCAACAAGAAGCCCAGCGACUAGAGUUGUCUCCGAAACACUUCCUCACAAAGGAGCAAUGGAAAAUGUUCAUGGCUAUCUCCGAAGAUGAGUUUGCGCGGGAGGUGACACGUAUCGACUGGGUCAUGUUUAGUUCUUUGGGACCGCGAGAUCUCGUCCGGCACGUGAGCGUAUCUGCGGAUGACAGGACUUCAACGAAAGGUCUGUGUAGUGUCAACAGGAUGAUAGACGAGUUCAAUCACUUAGCAUUAUUUGUCGCAAGCAUGGUCUUGUUUCGAGACAAACCCAAGCAUCGAGCGCAGGCUUUGGAAAAGUUCAUGAACAUCGCAAUGAAAUUGCGCCAGUUAAACAAUUACAAUUCCCUUGGAGCCGUUAUUGCAGGGCUUAACGGGACUCCCGUCUUUCGACUUACACAAACCAGGGAGCUGGUAUCCCCAACCGUUCAGAAGCAGUUUAUGAGUCUGGUCAUUCUCAUGGGCACGGAAAAAAGCCACUUCGCUUAUCGACUAGCUUGGGAGAACUCAUUUGCAGAAAAGAUCCCAUUCCUCCCUCUCCACCGACGCGACCUCGUCUCGGCAGAAGAAGGCAACAGAACAUUUAUCGGUCCUGGCAAUGAUCGCAUCAACUGGAAAAAAUUUGAGAUCAUGGGCGAAGUUGUCUUGGGCAUUCAUAAUAGCCAACGCACCCCAUUCCCCUGUUAUUCGAAAAAUGAUGAUGUUCAGCGUCUAAUUCUGGAUACCAAGUUUUCGGGAGAUCAGGAUGAACUUUAUAAUCGGAGUACGCAGCUUGAACCCCCAUCAGGAACUGAGCCGCCCCGCAGACGAUUCGGCUGGCGUCGAGCUUGA